GCUUUCACUGUGUUCAGUUCAUUUGCUGAGCAUGAAGAUGCCCUUUUACGACACUUAUUUCAUGGAUAUCAGAAAUGGAUCAGGCCAGUAAAACAUGCUAAUGAUACUAUAAAGGUAUAUUUUGGACUGAAGAUCUCUCAGCUUGUGGAUGUGGAUGAAAAGAACCAGUUAAUGACCACUAAUGUAUGGCUCAAACAGGAAUGGAUCGACCAUAAAUUGUGCUGGAAUCCUGAAGAUUAUGGCGGUAUCACUGCAAUUCGGGUUCCAUCUGAAUCUCUCUGGCUCCCUGAUAUUGUUUUAUUUGAAAAUGCUGACGGGCGCUUUGAAGGUUCCUUAAUGACAAAAGCAAUAAUUAAGUACAAUGGGAUUGUAGUGUGGAAACCUCCAGCCAGUUAUAAAAGUUCCUGCACGAUGGAUGUGACCUUCUUCCCAUUUGACAGGCAGAAUUGCUCCAUGAAAUUUGGAUCAUGGACCUAUGAUGGCAGCAUGGUUGACCUGAUCCUAGUGGACGAAAAUGUGGAUAGGACAGACUUUUUUGACAAUGGGGAAUGGGAAAUCCUAAAUGCUAAAGGAAUGAAAGGAAACCGAAAAGACGGAUUAUAUUCCUACCCAUUCAUCACCUAUUCCUUUGUUUUAAGACGCCUCCCGCUGUUCUACACACUUUUCUUAAUAAUCCCAUGCCUAGGACUAUCUUUUUUAACCGUGCUUGUUUUUUAUUUGCCUUCGGAUGAGGGAGAGAAACUAUCACUCUCGACCUCCGUUUUAGUUUCGCUGACGGUUUUUCUCCUGGUCAUCGAAGAAAUCAUCCCCUCUUCCUCCAAAGUCAUACCCUUGAUUGGCGAGUACUUGUUGUUCAUCAUGAUUUUUGUCACGCUGUCAAUCAUUGUGACAAUUUUUGUGAUUAACGUGCACCAUCGCUCCUCGGCCACCUACCAUCCCAUGGCUCCUUGGGUGAGAAGACUUUUCCUUCAGAAAAUGCCCAGGCUGCUCUUCAUGAAAGGACACGUAGAUCGCUGUGCCUUCACUGAUCCCGAAGGAACUCUAAAACCAAAGCUGAGAAAGUAUAAACACAAACAAUUGAAAGAUGGAGAAAAGGUGGUGGUUGCCUUCUUGGAAAAAACUGCCGAUUCCAUUAGAUAUAUCUCCAGGCAUGUCAAAAAGGAGCACUUCAUUAGGCAGGUAGUGCAAGACUGGAAGUUUGUAGCUCAGGUUCUUGACCGGAUCUUCCUGUGGCUAUUUUUGGUGGUGUCUGUGAUCGGGUCUGUUCUUAUAUUUACUCCUGCUUUGGAGAUGUGGUUUCACAGCGGUUUGUAG